CCGAACAAAGCUAACCCGUUAGCCUUUAGCUCCACCGGUUUCAGAGCGGCUGCUCUGUGGUCCCAGAGGGUGAAAUAUAAAUUAACGUCCUCAUAUCUCAGGAGGAGGAUAGUGAUGAAUAUGAAGGGUGAGGAGGAGGAAGGUGCUCAUUGUGUGGAGAGGGGGCGUGGUCAGGGAGAGAGAGCGCAAGAGAGACAUAGAGACAGAGCGGCGGGACUCUAGAGAGAGAGAGCGCGGUAGAGAGACAGCGAGACAGAGCGGCAGGACUCUCCCUUUCUUCCCGUUGUGAGGGCUGGAUCCGUGUCACACACACACACACACACACACACACACACACACACACACACACACACACACACACACAAACACAGACACACUGCUGACACACUGCUAACACACACACACACACACACACACACGAGCACGCUCCUAACCACACGAGCACGGUCUUCGCUCCUUUUCAUCUUCAUCAUCCGUCGCGUGCCUUAUGCUUGAGCUCGUGCAGCCCCCGAUACCGAGGCGAUGUGUUCCGUAGCGCGAGGAGCCGCGGAGAGGAGGAUGGAGACAAUAGAACCGGCGGUGCGCGCGCUGUGAACCCGGGGCUCGUGCUGGAACCGACGGAGCCAACGGUUGAGGAUAAAAAGAAGCCGCCGCUACCGACGGUUCUACCCGUGUCGGCACGAGAGGGGUGUGUGCGCUCUCCAUCACACACGCGCACACAACGCGCGUGCGUGUGUUUUGAUUGACGCGUGGAGUCCAAAGCCCAUGUGUGUGUGUGUGUAGGCAGGUAUUCAUUGAUUAUUGCUUGAUCAGCAAGUCUGCCCAGACAAGCGUGCGCGUGCAAGUGUCGGGGAUAUCCGUGCGCGUGCGCGUGAUGGGGAACACGGAGAGCAUGGAGAGCCAGCUGGCGGUGAUCCGCGCGCGAGCCGCUCCGGUGAAGCUGCCCAUGCCGGACCCGACGGAGCUCGAGGAGCGCUUCUCCAUCGCCCUGAACUCUAUGAACCUCCCCCCUGACAAGGUACGACUGCUGCGUUGCUAUGACAACGAGAAGAAGUGGGAGCUGAUCUGUGACCAGGAGCGUUUCCAGGUGAAGAACCCCCCUCACACCUACAUCCACCGCCUGCACAGCUUCCUGGACCCGGCCGUCACCCGCAAGAAGUUCCGGAGGCGGGUACAAGAGUCGACCCAGACCCUGAGAGAGCUGGAGAUCUCCCUCCGCACAAACCACAUAGGCUGGGUCCGAGAGUUCUUGAACGAGGAGAACCAGGGACUGAAUGUUCUGGUGGAAUACCUCUCCUUCGCCCAGUACGCCAACACGUUUGACGGGGAGCAGUGCGAGGGGAGCAGCGAAGCUGCGUCCGUCGACUCUCCUUGGAGUCGAUCCAUCGAGGAUCUCCAUGACAACAACCUCCCCUCCCCCUCCUCCGGUCACAACAUCCCCCGAGCAUCACGCCUCUCUAUCAGCUCUGCUCUAGUUACGCGCUCCAACACGUUGCCAAGCAGACGGACUCUGAAGAACUCUCGUCUCGUGUGUAAGAAGGAUGACGUCCACGUGUGUGUGAUGUGUCUGCGAGCUGUGAUGAACUACCAGUAUGGCUUCAACAUGGUCAUGUCUCACCCUCAUGCUGUGAAUGAGAUUGCCCUGAGUCUCAACAACAGAAACCCCAGGACUAAGGCCUUGGUCUUGGAAUUGUUGGCUGCUGUCUGUCUGGUGAGAGGAGGCCAUGAGAUCAUCCUGUCUGCCUUCGACAACUUUAAAACAGUCUGCUCAGAGUCGAUGCGUUUUGAAAAGCUGAUGGAACAUUUUAAGAACGAAGACGAUAACAUCGACUUUAUGGUAGCCUGUAUGCAGUUCAUCAACAUCGUGGUCCACUCCGUAGAGGACAUGAACUUCAGAGUCCACCUGCAGUACGACUUCACCAAGCUGGCCCUCGACGACCACCUCGAGCGGCUGCGCUCCACGGAGAGCGACCGACUGCAGGUGCAGAUCCAGGCCUACCUGGACAACGUGUUCGACGUGGGGACGCUGCUGGAGGACGCCGAGACCAAGACGGCCGCGCUGGAGCGGGUGGAGGAGCUGGAGGAGGGCAUGAACACGAUGAGCGAGCGGCUGCUGGACGUGGAGAAUGAGGCGAUGGUGAAGAUCGUGGAGCUGGAGAAGCAGCUGAUGCAGACCAACAAGGAGCUGGACCAGGCCAGGGAGGUGUACGUGAGCGCUAACUCCCAGGUGCACACGCUGCGCCGCAUGGUGCGGGAGAAGGACCAGACCAUCCGUCGGCAGAGCCAGCUGACGGAGCCGCCGGGGGGACCUGCUGCUCACCAGCCAAUGAGAGGAGAGGGGGACGGGGGCGUGGCCGACUCCGGCUGCCCCUCCCCGCCCCCCUGCCUCACUCUGUCGUCAAGCACGGAGCCGUCCUAUCACAGCCUGGGAGCCGGUCUGGGAGAGGCUGAAGGCCUGCUGGCUCCUCCCCCGCCUCCUCCACCUCCUCCACCCACCCUCUGCAGCGGCUCCAUUGGGGCGUACCCAGCUCCUCCGGGGAUGGCUCCACCUCCUCCUCCUCCACCUCCUCCCCCUCCUCCUCCCUGCCGCAGCAGUGAGCUCUCCUGCGCCUCCCCCAUGCCCCCCCCUCCCCCCCCUCCCCUCCCGGGCUGUGGGGGGGCCCCCACCGUCAUCUUCAACUCCGGACUGGCAGAGGGUCCACUCAAGCUAUUCUCGGUGAAGAUCAAGAAGCCGAUCCAGACUAAGUUCCGGAUGCCGGUCUUCAACUGGGUGGCCCUGAAGCCCAGUCAGAUCAACGGCACCGUGUUCAACGACCUGGACGACGAGAAGGUCCUCCAGGAGCUGAACGUGGAGCAGUUUGAGGAGAUGUUUAAGACCAAGGCGCAGGGCGCAGCCCCCGACAUGACGCUGGCCCGCCACAAGGCCCCCCAGAAGGGCCCGGGCCGGGUGUCCCUGCUGGACGCCAACCGGGCCAAGAACCUGGCCAUCACGCUGAGGAAGGCCGGGCAGAACUCCGACGUCAUCUGCAGAGCCAUCCAGACGUUCGACGUGCGGGCAGUGCGCGUGGACUUCGUGGAGUGUCUGAUGCGGUUCCUGCCCACGGAGGGAGAGCUGAAGACGCUCCGUCAGUACGAGAGGGACAGGAAGCCCCUGGAGGCGCUCAGCGAGGAGGACCGCUUCAUGAUGCAGUUCAGCCGCAUCGAGAGGCUCAACCAGCGCAUGACCAUCCUCACCUUCACCGGCAACUACACCGACAACGUCACCAUGCUGACCCCCCAACUCCAUGCCAUCAUCGCGGCCUCCGUCUCCAUCAAGUCCUCCCAGAAACUCAAGAAGAUCCUGGAGGUUAUUUUGGCGUUGGGAAAUUACAUGAACAGCAGCAAACGUGGAGCAGUCUACGGAUUCAAACUCCAGUGUUUAGACCUGCUGCUGGACACCAAGUCCACAGACAGGAAGCAGACUCUGCUGCACUACCUUGCGGCGCUGGUGAGGGACAAGUACCCCGGGGUGGCCAUGUUCUACAACGAGCUGCACUACAUCGACAAGGCUGCUAACGUCUCUCUGGACAACGUGCUGAGCGAUGUGAGGGAGAUGACGCGGGGCAUGGAGUUGACCUGGAGGGAGUUCAGCGUCCACGGACACAACCCCACGCUGAAGGACUUCAUCAGCAAGCACGAGGCGCGCCUCACCAAGCUGCAGGAGGACGCCCGCAUCGCGCAGGAUGCCUUCGAGGACGUGGUAAAGUUUUUCGGUGAGAGCUCCAAGACCGCCCCCCCCUCCGUCUUCUUCCCCGUCUUCGUCCGCUUCAUCAAGGCCUACAGGCUGGCUGAGGAGGAGAACGAGCAGAGGAGGAGGCAGGAGCUGAUGCUGCAGGAGAAACUUGAGCAGGAGGAGCAGCAGCAGGAGCAGCAGCAGACCAAGUCCCCCAGCCACCGGGGGAAGCGGCAGCAGAAGGAUCUGAUCUCUGAGCUCCGAAAGAAGCAGGGAGGGAAGGACGGACGGCACGUCUACGAGGGGACGGACGGGGCAAUCGAGGACAUCAUCACAGUGCUGAAGACCGUCCCCUUUACGGCCCGCUCGGCCAAACGCAGCUCCCGCUUCUUCUGUGAGCCCGCCCACUCCACGGAGGACCACUACUGAACCCGCCCACAAACUACUGACCCCGCCCACUCCACGGAGGACCACUACUGAACCCGCCCACAAACUACUGACCCUGCCCACUCCACGGAGGACCACUACUUACCCCGCCCACAAACUACUGACCCCGCCGACAAACUACUGACCACUACUGACCCCGCCCACUCCAUGGAGGACCACUACUGACCCCGCCCACAAACUACUGACCCCGCCCACUAUACGGAGGACCACUACUGACCCCGCCCACUCCACGGAGGACCACUACUGACCCCACCCACUCCAUGGAGGACCACUAUUGACCCCGCCCGCAAAUUACUGACCCCGCCCACAAACUACUGACCACUACUGACCCUGCCCACUCCACGGAGGACCACUACUGACCCCGCCAACAAACUACUGACCCCGGCGCCCACUCCACGGAGGACCACUACUGACUCCGCCCACAAACUACUGACCCCGCCCACUCCACGGAGGACCACUACUGACCCCGCCCACUCCACGGAGGACCACUACUGACCCCGCCCACUCCACGGAGGACCACUACUGACCCCGCCCACUCCACGGAGAACCACUACUGACCCCGCCCACUCCACGGAGGACCACUACUGACCCCGCCCACAAACUACUGACCCCUCCCCAGGGCCACGCCCACUACUAUCCUUGGUACCAAUUAGCACUUUGAGCAUUUGAUUGACAGGCGGGAGCAGCUUAAUGGAAAGUUUGUAUUUUCUUGUUUUUUUAUACUCUGUGAGCAUCCUGUUUGUAGCCCAGACCAGACUGAACUAGACUCAACUAGCCCAGACCAGACCGGACUAAAGUAGACCAAACUGGUCUGGCCAACCUGAGCCGGACUAACUAGACCAGACUAGACUAAGACAUGUUUGGACAAUAUGAAGUACAACACCAUGACAUGAAGUAUAACAUGAAGUACAACAUGAAGUACAACACCAUGACAUGAAGUACAACAUGAAGUACAACACCAUGACAUGAGAGAGCACCUGGCAGGUUGGCCUCGCUGGUUAGUUAUUUCAAAAUGCUACAAUUAAAAUAACAGCGGAACUUAUUUUUACAGAAAAACUACCGUCCACUACCGUGGACUGGUGGUAAGACAAUGUUAGAGCUAAGCUAAUGCUAGUAGCAUCACAACUCUACAGGCUAAGCUAAUGCUACUAGCAUCACAACGCUAGAGCUAAGCUAAUGCUAGUAGCAUCACAACACUAGAGCCUACGGGCAUAAAGUCCAGACCACAUGGCGAUAUGAGAGACUGACAGAUGAACUGGGAUGGUCAACCUUCCAGAUGCUCUCAGAAUGAAUCCUAACAAAGAUUUAGUCGUCUGGUAAUACAUGAUCAAUCACUUAAGUAUUGAUUUAGUACCACUGGUACCGCCGCAGUGUUUACUGAUACGUCCUUCAUACCAGUAUAACCAGUAUUACCAGCAGCAUCCUCCCCAUGUGAAGCACAGUUUUCUAAUGUACAGAUGUUUUGUACGUCACUGUAUCGUGUUUGUAGUCGUUCUGUAGUUCUGUAAAUAAAGCAUCAAUACGGUC